AUGGCGGGAAGUACACACUUCGUUUAUUGCUCUGCCGUGUUUUAUCUUUUUAUUUUUGUACUUCUCUGCUGUACCAUUUACAGAUCACCUAAACUGCCUGUUAAGAGAGUUGAUCUGGGUUUGGAGUCACUUGCUGUUUACAGAAGCACUGCUGCUGCAAUCAAUUUACAGACGUCGACAGUAACCAAGUUGAAAUUGACUACCAUGUCUGUUCCGCUUGGCUGGAAAAAACAUCUUUCGCUCAAGAUUUUUAAGCUUUUCUUGGCUUCACAGUGCGUACUUUUGUCUGGAGACGUAAUGCUAAAUCCUGGUCCACUAAGCAAUGAAUCCUUCAGUCCUUCUGAGCAACUUGGGUUUGGAAAUGAAAGUUUCUCUUCCAUGGAUAGUGAAAGUGGCGGCCAUGACUCAUUUGGAAGUCAAUUUAACACUUCCACAAGCUCACUUGAUGACUUUGAACCUCAUCUCUAUUUUAAUCUGGAUCUACUGUGUAAAGGUCUAAGAAUUGUUCAUUGGAAUGUUAACCAUCUAACUUCAUCUAAAUUUGAUCAAAUCAAUUGUUUUUGA